AUGGCUUUGAAUGGCGAAAUGAAAAUCAAAACGCUGAUGUCGGGUUCCCCACCACUUACUAGUACAGUUCCAAAUCUAAAACUUUCUUCUUUUCUCCUGACUCCCAACCCUUUCCAAAAUCGAGUCAAUGGCGCGAUUGAGUCUGCCAGUCUCGAUCCGAUUAUAGACGGAGACUUAGCCCAGGAGCUUGGAGUGGAGACUGUCGUCCAUCUGAACCCGAGUAAUGCGGAGGGUCGCGAGGAAUCGCGUCGAGAGUGUAAUAACGGUGAAAUGGAUCACUACAGAGUAAUUUCUGUAAACGACCGAGUUGAGAAAAUUGAAUCCGCAGCCCGAAGGCACCCAUCAAGGAUCGUGAUGCCAGGGUUGCCAAACAGGCGCGGAAACGGACGACCUCGUGAAAUCAGCGAAAAAUCUCAAGACCGAGAGAAGGAUCUCGAGCAUUCAACAGUUGCCGCCCAGCGUGACGAAUCAAUGCAGCUCGAGGUGGCUCAUACAUACGAGUCGAGAUGCGUCGCACUCCAUGUUUAUACAAAUCUCGCUUGUUCAACAGAGACUGCCUCCUUCCUCCUGUAUAACACAGAGGAUUCGCCAAUUGUCGAGGUGCCUUUCCCUGUGUUGCAUCGUAUCGAUAGUGAGAGGGUCAGAAGGGGAGAGUGUGGGCAUCGGAGGAAGCGCGAGGCGAGCGAAUCAGAUAGGUUAGUUAAUUAUGUGGAUAUAUGCCCUUACAGGUUCACAAGGCCCGCAUUGAGGGAGAAUAACAAGGACGCCAUUAGACUACGGAG